AUGACCUCUACUUCAGUCCGGGUCGCUUUGAGGAUACGUCCUUUGAACAACAAGGAAAUACAGCAAAGAUGUGAUCCAUGUAUUACAGUAAUAGAAGGCGCACCCCAAGUACUCAUUGGCACCGACCGUUCAUUCACAUACGACUAUGUCUUUCCCUCAGAAACUCAACAGGAUGACGUGUUCGAUGAUUGUGCAAAGCCCCUUCUCGACAAGCUCAUGGAAGGUUUCAACGCUACAAUAUUAGCAUAUGGUCAAACAGGUAGUGGCAAAACAUAUUCCAUGGGUACUGCAAUAGAUGGUGCUAAUAUCCCUCCAGAGCAUCAAGGUAUCGUCCCGCGCUCUAUCUUUCGUCUCUUUGGUGAUUUGGAAGCAAAAAAGGCCAAAUAUCCAGAUUUUUCCUACGAAGUAUUCGUAACCUUUCUCGAACUAUACAAUGAGGAUUUAAUUGAUCUGCUGAAUCUUGAGAAUAAGAAAGCCAAGAGCGAGUUAAUGAUUAGAGAAGACGCUAAUGGACAGAUAUACUGGGCUGGAGUGAAGGAAGUCCCUGUGUUGACACCAGAAGAAACAUUAGAGCAAUUACAAAAAGGCUCUCUAUGUCGUACUGUAGCAUCAACAGAUAUGAAUUCGGUAUCGUCACGAUCACACGCCAUAUUUUCAGUACGUAAUAGCAAAAAAGUAUCAGCAAAAAUUACAUCAAAAUUCCACUUUGUUGAUUUGGCUGGUUCAGAAAGAUUAAAGCGGACAAAUGCGGUGGGCAAUCGUGCAAAGGAAGGCAUUGCCAUAAACGGUGGUCUUCUUGCCCUGGGCAAUGUAAUCAGUGCACUUGGCGAUGCAUCUCGCAAAGUAACCCACGUCCCAUACCGUGACUCCAAACUCACUCGGCUUCUUCAGGAUUCCCUCGGCGGCAAUUCUCAAACUCUUAUGCUUGCUUGUGUGUCGCCGGCCGACUCUAAUUUUAUGGAAACCCUAAACACCCUAAAAUACGCCAACCGUACUCGUAACAUUAAAAACAAAGUCAGUGUCAAUGAGAGUUAUGGUGAAUCUUCAGUAGAAAUAAAUCGUUUGCGAUCACAAGUCAGUCAGUUGAAGAUGGAAUUGCAGACUCUUCGUUCUGGCGGUGUGGACGCAGAAGUUGCUAGAAAGUACGAAGAAGAGAUAAAUCGUCUCAAAGGCGAAUAUGGACAAUUAAAGAUGAAGAUGGCAAAUACAAAUCAAGAAUUAAAUGAAAUACAUGCUCACCGAGAUACUUUGUUAAUGGAGUUGGACUUGAACAAGAACGCCGGAUCUAUGACUGAGGAAGAGCGAACGGCAAAGAUAACAUCACAUCCUGUUAUACAGCAAUAUGUCGAUCAAAUAGCGGAACUCAAGGCACAAGUUUUCGAAUUGCAGAACGCACAGAUGAAACCUGUUCCAGCCGCACCAGUUCAGCCAAUACAUUCCCAGUCAUCACGGAAAUCUUCAUUUGCCGGAAAUUCCUCCAGGGACAAGGGACACAUAAAAUUCUAUGAACAAGAAAAUUCUCGUCGUCAUGAGAGCAGUCGACAUGACAGUCGACACGAUAACGGUGACCUUUCUGGUAGCGAUGAUAAUAAGAGACAUUCAAAGAAGAAGAAGAAGAGAUCCAAGAAAUCAAAGGGAUCAAGCAAACAUCGUGCAGCUGGACAUUUCCCGGUUUCAGGCGAGGAACCACACGAUACACAAGGUCAACUAGAAACGCAAGCCGAACAUGAACCAGUACAAACAUUCGUCAAGCCGGCUGUUCUAGAGAAAUCUAAAGGACUAUUUGCUGACUUACCUCCAGAUACAGAAGAUUAUGAUGACGACAACGAAGAUCUCUCUGCAGAUCCUCAGGACGACUUUGAAUACACGGACAGCAAUGGUCAAAAGGUAACUCGAAGACUCCGACGGCGCAGUGUCAAGGAUACUCUUGAGAAAGCCAAAGAACAGAUUCGACAAGGUCUACUAUUCAUAAAGAAUGGUGGCUCGUUACACGAUGAUCCUGUUCUCGGUCAAUUGGUAAAGACACCAUCUUCUACAAAGAGUGAAAGCUACAUUGACCAAAUGUUGGCUGGAAAGAACGAAAAACGCCGAUCGAGCAGUGUGUCAUUCAGCGAUAUUCCGACAAUGGACGUUCCAUCUUGGCAAGAAUCAAACCCUCCUCCACAACAACAGACUCGUCGUGCUUCCAACUCCAGUCGAUCUGUCAGUUUCUCUGACCAACCAAUAUCUCCACCAUCUACCAAAUCUUCACAGGACAGUACCGGAGGCUCGUCUCAACAGAAUGCUAUUGCACUCAAGAGAAUGUUGCAUCAGAUACAGGCUGACAUUGCUGUCAAGGAAGAACUGGUGGCUCAACUAGAACGUGCCGAACAAGAAUUCCACUAUAUGCGCACUGCAUACGAAGAGAAACUGGUUCAUAUGCAAGAGUGUUUGAUCCAGUUACAACGUGAGCGUGAAAUUGCGGUGAAGCGUGCUGCCAGCUCAGGUGUUAGCACCCGCGACAAGAAUUCAAUCUUGACUGAAUUGAAGGCGCGUUAUGAACACAAGAUGAAGAAACUCAUUGGCGAAAUCGGUGCUUUACGUCGCAAAUGCAAUGACAUAACUCAAACCCAUCAGACGGCCAAGACCCAGAAUGAAACGACGAUGCGAAACAUGCGUAUUCAGAUCGAACAGCUCAAAGCAGAGAAAUUACGUAUGAUCAAGCGAAUGAAGGCCGAAGCCGAUCGUGUCCGAGAAGUAACUGAACGCACUCAGCGGGAGAUCCAGAACCUCAGACGCAAGGCAAAGGCAGUUCAGACUGAAAAGAAGAAACUUGAACGCCAGACCGAGUCUCAAAGACUAAUGCUUGAAAAGAGAACCAAGGAUAUGCUUAAAGCGAAUGGCAAACUAAAGUCUGUAACGUCAUUAUUGAAACAGACUACGACUCCGAAAGCAAUAGCCAAGGUAUUCAGACAGAACAGACGAAAGACAAGUAUAGACAUGGAUAACAACAGCCCACCUGGAAGUCACCGUACUUCAGACGAGAUCCGUGCAAUCGAGGAAGAAAUCUAUGCCAGUGGUUACGAUAAGAAGAAACUUCUCGACACUGCUAUAUUUCAAUUCAUCUCUGGCAAGCAGUCGCUGGCAAUGAUGGACGAUAUGGUCAAGAAACGUGAUGAGCUAAAUAACGAUAAACAAGAAGCUCUCAAUGAGCGCGAAAAGAUAAUGACCGAAAACUGCGACGAGUAUGGAAAUCUUGAUCCGGCUACCGAAGCAGUAGCCCAGGAUCUUGACGACAAGAUUGAUAUGAUCAAUUCUGAGAUUACAUACAUCAAUGCUAAGCUGAGAUCACUGCAAGCAGAAACAGCUCGUAACACUCAGCCCGAAAGCGAGUCACGUAGGAAUAGUGAGGAUGUUAAUCAAAAGUCAGCUCAACCGAGCAAAAGUAAUACAAGCACUAAAGAAAGACGCAAGGGCAGUACAGGUGCCAAGAAGAAGUUCUCCAUCUCACAAAUACAGAGCGCCACUCCUGAAGCUGCAUACGAUCUUGCAAUGACUAUACUUCGUAACCUGGAUUCGUUUGAAACUCAGGCAAUAGUAGAGUCAUUCUUCAACGACAUUGUCAAAUUACGAACAACCGACUGGUCAGCUCAAAUGACAUUGAAAGAUCGAGAGAAGACUAUUACAGACCUACGAAAGACGCUAUUGGCAAUGCGCAGAGCGGCAGUACUAACAACAGUUCAAUAUGAGAAACGCAACAAGAUGCUAGAAGAUGAAAUGAGACGUGGAUCGAUGGACUCUGAUCGUACACCAAGCCCGAUAUCGCCCACCACUUUGGAAUUACACAUGACUGACAUUGAAAACGACGCACUCAAUACGAUGGACUUCUUUGAUCGCAUUUACAAGCAAGUCGAAGCAGAAGUGACAUCACCGGGACCGAUUACGUCAGAAAGCAUUCACGAUGCUCCGAUAGGCAAGCCAUUAAGCAGAACAUCCUGCUUCAACGAAGAUUCAUACUUUGACUCUCCGACUGUAUACUCGCCUCAUUCGCCGAGAGAAGCAUCCAACUCUAAACGUAACAGCUUUGCUCGCGCCCCACUACCGCCAGGAUGGCUCAAAGACCCAACCAAGCGCAAAUCGUCAGCGGGGUCGGGCCAAUCGGAUUCACGCCGAAACUCUCAACAACAUGAUCGUUUAUCAAACUCGCGACGCAGUUCACAGCAGUUGGAUCGCGGAUAUGAAUCUCCUCGAUACUCGGAUGAAAUAGAAAAGAGAAGCUCUCUGGGUCGAAGUGGAUUGUCUGGUUCAAUCGCAUGGACUGAUUCAAUAGACUCUGCGGUCACAUUACAUGACAAGUACGCACCUGAUAGUCCUCGCACGCCGGGAGAGAAACCACGCCGGGAUAUACGAGAUCGACGAGGCUCAUUACGCGAAACUCAUAGUAGACGAAACAGUGUUAGUAGUCUAGGAUUGUACAAUGAUCGCACACCAGAUGGCAUGAGAGAACAUCGGGAUAGUGGAUAUUAUGGAUCGGUUGACAAAAAACGAAUGGCGAAUAUGGCACGCAGAGGCUCCAAAGAUCUUACACACAUGCGUCAGAAUUCGUACGGUGCGCAGCCUGAUGACGAUAACGUUAGCGUAUGCAGUGAUCGAUGUGUCCAUACACGAUCGAAUACUCCAGAUAUACCAAACGUGUUUGAUCGGUUAUCACAGUCUCAUACGCUAUCGAGCAAGUAUCGAGACAAGAGGCUACAGACUCCUGAACCGGUAUACGCCACAUAG